CUCCACUCCCCUCUCUGUCCACCGUCUCCUCCUCCCAUUACUCACGCCGCGACGCCGACACCUCCUCGCUCCCGCCCCACCAUCCAACCGCUCGCGCCCCGUGCCAUGUCGUACAGCUACGCCUCGCGGCACCGCGGCGGCACGUCCACGACGAUGCUGGCGGCCAAGGUUGCCUUCGCCUCCGCUGCUCUCGCCGCGGCCGCCUCCUUCGCACGGCUCGCGGUCCCGCAGCUCAUGUCCGUGGCCGGCGCCGUCUUCCCGCGCGUGUGGGCCGUCGCGCGCUUCUGGCUCGCCCCGCCAUACCUCUUCGUCACCGUGCACCUCAUCAUCCUCGUCAUCUGGAAGCUCUCCGACCACAAGCACUUCCAGACCCAUGCUCACCACAAGGACCCCUGGCCGGCCUCUCACCACACUCCGCACCCGCCGGCGGCUGCUGUCCCCGACGCUGAGGUUGCCUCCCCCGCCGUCAGAGCCAAGGAGGAGUUCAACUCCUCGGCCGGGUACGACGAGCCCUUGGAGCCUGAGUUCUCCCCGGACUCCGGCGGCGGCGAGUCCUCCUGCGUCACCACGGAGUCCGACGAGGACGCCUCCUCCCACCCCUCCUACCUCGUGGACGCGAGGAGGAGGGUCGCGCCGGCGCACCAACACGCAGUUCUUGAACGGGAGCUCUCGCUGCCGACCCAGACCGUAGACUGCGACGGCGACGGCGGCGACGACGACUUGGACGCCACGUGGAACGCCAUCAUGCAGAAGACGCGUCCGGCGGCCGCCGCGCCAGCGCCUGCCCCUCCCCCUCCCGAGCAGAAGUCUCCGCCGCCGCCGCCAAGAGCGCGGGACCCGUCGGUUGACGCGGAGGAGAUGAACCGGCGGUUCGACGACUUCAUCAAAAAGAACCGCCACUCCUUCGGGCGGCACUAGGCGCCCUCCGAUCCGAUCCAGCCUCCCGUCGCAUCCGUACGAUACGUAUAUAUACACACAUCUUUGGUUUUUGAUCUUGGUGUGCCGCCGAAGAGAUCGCCGGAGCGGAGGUAGGCGGGCCAAUCAAAUCGCCAUGCUUAGGUUACGAAGGUUCUGGAAUUUGCAGAUUAUUGGAUCGAUGGUGGUGCUGUGGGAGUAGCUAGAGAUGACCGUAAUGCGCUGAAAUGAUGGUUUGAGUUGGUACUUUGCCGUUAGGUUCUCCUUUUCAGUUGAUCGAUCCCCUUGCUGGCUUGCAGGCAUUUGUUCUUAGCUUUCCCUUUUUUUCGCUUUGCUUUUCCUACAGCUCUUUUACUGAUUAUAACAGUGCUAAUUGUCCAAGUUCAUAUGGUGCUAAUACUGGUCAAGUAGUAGGUGUGCCUGUGAUCAUAUAUAAACGGCUGCUGCCACAUGGUGUGUGUGUGUGUGAUUUUAGGUCAAUGACCAUACCACACCUCGCUCCAUGAUUCUUUCUUUGUUAUCAUGGAAUGGUCAUUAGAAGCCUCCUGUUCAAUGUUGCAACAGUGUGUAUUAUAGUCACUCUUUGUCUGGAGUGAACAGUCAGCAAUUCUCGACAACAAAGCUUAGGUCCAUGUGCCACUGUUGAUAAAAAUAUCACAUAUAAAUAAACGGUGCAACUGUGAUAUGA